AGAAAAAAGAAAAUCAUAUGACCUAUCUACUCUAAAAUUUUUAUAGCGUGUUAUCGGAAACAAAAAACUUUUAGGCCUAAUUAUGUGUAGUCAUACACUCUAUAUAAAACGUUAUUUUAUCAGUGUCUAACAUCAUGGGGUAUAAGAUGACUGAGACCGUUUAAAACUUGUAAAAAAAUAAAUACUUUAGAGACUUCGAUGCGUGGCUCUGUGGCUGUGUUUGGGAUGCUUUUUGUUUCCGAGAAAUCCACCCUUACCUAGUAUUAUCUUUCGAAUCUAGGACAAUAAUAUGGAAAUCAGAAUAUGAUUCAGCUUGAAGAUUUGAUACAAGCGGCUGGCGGAUGUGGAAGGUAUCAAAUUAUUUUGGCGCUUAUUGUCCACUCAAUGAAAUGUGUCGUCUGCUUUAGCACAUUGUUUAUGGUUUAUGGUGCUGUUACACCGGAUUGGUGGUGUGUUGAUGAUAUUGGUGGAUUAGCUAACUAUACAUCUGAAGAGAUAACUUCAAAGGCUUGUAGCCUAAGAAAUGGAACCGCGCGAUGUACUCAUUUCAAAUUUGAAGACACUGCUCAUACAGUUGUUACCAAGGAAUCUUUUGUGUGACAAUGACUGGGUUCCAUCAACUAUUACCUCUCUUCAAAUGGCAGGAGUAUUUGUGGGCAAUGUAGCAUGCGGGCACGUAGCUGAUCUUGUAGGAAGAAAACCACCUUUUUUCUUGGCGUUUCUGACACUUAUCAUAUCAAACAUAAUUGCUGCCUUCUCAACGUCACGGAUAAUGUUUGCCGUUAUACGCUUCUUCAUUGGACUUGAGAUGGGAUUUCAAUUGACUGUGCAGUAUAAUAUUGUGUCUGAAUUUACUCUUGCGAAAUGGCGAACUUGGGUCGUUGCGGUGCCGUCCUGGGCUAUAGAAGUUACCCUAUUUGCUUUAGUAUCUUGGCUUGUCAACGACUGGCAGCAUCUUCAUUUCGUGACCGAGGCGAUAGGUGUGCCUUUUCUUGCGGCUUAUUGGUUCGUCCCAGAAAGUUUCAGAUGGUAUGUUGGACAUGAUCGCAUUAGAAAUGCCGAAAACGUGAUCAAAAGUGUGGCAAAAGUGAAUGGGAAACCACCUCCAGACUUGUCUACAAUUAGCCAAAUGGACCCGUCUAUUACGCCACAACAGAAAGACAGGAAGUAUUCUUUGUUUGAUGUCCUGAAAAACAAGGACUUGCGAAAAUAUACUUUUCUGCUAGCGUUUGUUUGGUAUGAUUUACUCUACUGUUUGGGUAAGGUAACAGUGAUUACACUGGGUUUGGCUGUGUACGGGAUACAGUUCGGUGUGUCAGCCCUCUCUGGAAAUAUUUAUAUAAAUAUGUUCGUCAUUGGAUUGAUUGGUAGCCCUGUCCAGCUUAUCAAUAUUCCACUUCAAAACAGAUUAGUCCGAAAGAAAACAGCGAUACUGUUCUUCGUAAUAUGUGCUGUAUUUGCUAUUGUCGUAGCUGUUACACAGUAUUUCACAGGAAAAGACUGUGCCACCUACGUAAAGAGGUUCUCCGGCUUCCGCCUUGCAAUUAGUUACCUAAAGCGUUUUUACAUUGUCGUAUGUUUCAAGACAAAAGUCCGCGACCAACUUUCCAAUGUUGCCGCUAUAGUGUCUCUCACGGCUAUAAAUGCUUGCUGGUCACCCAUACAGACAUUGACCAUUGAGAUAUAUCCGACAGUUGUAAGAAAUAUUGGAUACGGAUUACAAAAUACCAUGGCUAGAGUUGGUGCCAUCAUUGGACCUCAGCUUGUUUUUCUGGACACGAAGGUGGCCGGGAUGAUGUACUGGAUAUGUGGCGUUACUGCUGUGAUCUCAAUCUUUGUCCUUUUGCCAAUACCAGAAACACGUGGGGUUGAUCUAACGGACAAACUAAGCAAGACUGACCGAGUGAAAAGUGGGGAAGCUGCAAUGGGCAAAACUGUCGAAACGGAAGAAAUUUGUAAAGAACCAUUCUCUAUUUCUACAAAGCUCUGAAACAUACCGUAGUUUCGUCAUGUAUAUUUAAGUAUAGGUAUAUAUGUAUAUGUAUAGGUACUGUUUUAAUGAGUACAAAUAAAUCUGAUUCCGAUGUUGUUAAGGUUCAUAUGCAACAAAACUGGUUUUAUAUCUAUAAACAAACGGGACAUUUGAUUUUGCCCGUCCAGCCAGUUAACACCAUCAAAUACAAAUAUAAAUCAAAAGAUCAUAUGUUUGAUUCCCGGAUGAGGAGACUCUUCUACAAUUUGUCCUCUGUUUGUAUUCAAUGUGUUGAAAAAGAAGUCAUGUUGAUAUCGAGUCAGGACUGGAAAAGAAUCCAGGGACCUUGGCUGGAUUAAAUGAUAAUUGCUACAUCACUAAUAUAAUGUUGAAAUGCCGCGUUAAAUAAAACAAAGUGGGCACUGUUGGCUAAUACGUAAGAUUCUUCUUUUCUGGCAGCAAGUUCUUAUUCAUUUGAUAUUGUGUGUUCGUAAGGCUGCAGCAAUUCCGGACCAUUACUGAUUCUAAUCUGUGCCGACAGUUGUAAAAAUACCAGCAUACAUCUUUCAGUGAAUAAAACUUAAUUGAUAAACUAUACAACAAACAUUCUUGAAAGGAGUAUUCUGGCAAAUAUUAUUUCUUUAAUUUAAUUGUAUGUACUGUAGACAUUAUUAUGACGACAUUCUUUUAAUCUUUAAUUGCGGUCGA